AGGCGCCGAUUAGCCAGGUAGAAGUGACAGAACCAUGGCUCAGUUUCCAACGCCUUUUGGUGGCAGCCUGGAUGUCUGGGCCAUCACCGUGGAGGAGAGAGCGAAGCAUGAUCAGCAGUUCCAUAGCUUGAAGCCAGUUUCUGGAUUUAUCACUGGUGAUCAAGCGAGAAACUUUUUUUUCCAAUCCGGGUUACCUCAGCCUGUUCUGGCACAGAUAUGGGCCCUCGCCGACAUGAAUAACGACGGGAGGAUGGAUCAGGUGGAGUUCUCCAUCGCCAUGAAGCUGAUCAAGCUGAAGCUGCAGGGCUACCAGCUGCCCUCCGCCCUGCCCCCCGUCAUGAAGCAGCAGCCGGGGGCCAUCACCAGCGCACCAGCCUUCGGUGUGGGCGGCCUGGCCAGCAUGCCCCCGCUGCCGGCGGUCGCGCCAGUGCCAAUGGGGACCCUCCCCGUGGUCGGGAUGUCCCCCCCCCUCGUCUCCUCCGUCCCUCCAGCAGCAGUGCCUCCCCUGGCCAACGGGGCGCCCCCGGUCAUGCAGCCGCUGCCUGCGUUCGCCCAUCCUGCAGCCACAUUGCCAAAGAGUUCUUCUUUUAGUAGGUCUGGCCCAGGGUCCCAGCUGAACACUAAGUUACAGAAGGCGCCCUCGCUCGACGUGGCGAGCGCCCCGCCGCUGGCUGAGUGGGCGGUGCCCCAGUCGUCCAGGCUCAAGUACCGCCAGCUGUUCAACAGCCACGACAAGACCAUGAGCGGACACCUCACAGGUCCCCAGGCAAGAACGAUUCUCAUGCAGUCAAGUCUGCCGCAGGCGCAGCUGGCUUCUAUCUGGAACCUCUCUGACAUUGACCAAGACGGGAAGCUCACAGCGGAGGAGUUCAUCCUGGCCAUGCACCUCAUCGACGUGGCCAUGGCCGGCCAGCCGCUGCCGCCCGUGCUGCCCGCGGAGUACAUCCCGCCCUCCUUUCGGCGAGUUCGCUCUGGCAGCGGCGUGUCUGCCCUGAGCUCGGCUUCGGUGGACCAGAGGCUGCCAGAGGAGCCCGUGUUAGAAGACGAGCAGCAGCUAGAAAAGAAGUUGCCUGUGACAUUUGAAGAUAAGAAGCGUGAGAACUUCGAGCGCGGCAACCUGGAGCUGGAGAAGCGCAGGCAGGCGCUGCUGGAGCAGCAGCGGAAGGAGCAGGAGCGCCUGGCGCAGCUGGAGCGCGCGGAGCAGGAGCGCAAGGAGCGCGAGCGCCAGGAGCAGGAGCGCAAGCGGCAGCUGGAGCUGGAGAAGCAGCUGGAGAAGCAGCGGGAGCUGGAGCGGCAGCGCGAGGAGGAGCGGAGGAAGGAGAUCGAGCGGCGCGAGGCUGCAAAACGAGAACUUGAAAGGCAGCGACAACUUGAAUGGGAGCGAAAUCGAAGACAGGAACUAUUAAACCAAAGAAACAAAGAACAAGAAGACAUAGUUGUACUGAAGGCCAAGAAGAAGACUUUGGAAUUUGAAUUAGAAGCUCUGAAUGACAAAAAGCAUCAGCUUGAAGGAAAACUUCAAGAUAUCAGAUGUCGACUGGCCACCCAAAGGCAAGAAAUUGAGAGCACAAACAAGUCCCGGGAGCUGCGAAUCGCCGAAAUCACCCACCUGCAGCAGCAGUUACAGGAGGCGCAGCAGAUGCUCAGCAGGCUGAUCCCGGAGAAGCAGGUGCUCAGUGACCAGCUGAAACAGGUCCAGCAGAACAGUCUGCACAGAGAUUCACUUCUUACACUCAAAAGGGCCUUAGAAGCAAAAGAACUGGCUCGCCAGCAGCUCCGAGACCAGCUGGAUGAAGUUGAGAAGGAAACGAGAUCCAAACUGCAGGAGAUCGACAUCUUCAACAACCAGCUGAAGGAAUUAAGAGAAAUACAUAACAAGCAGCAACUCCAGAAGCAAAAGUCCAUAGAGGCCGAACGCCUGAAACAGAAAGAACAAGAGCGAAGGAUCAUCGAGUUAGAAAAACAAAAAGAAGAGGCCCAGAGGCGGGCUCAGGAGAGGGCCGGGCAGGGCCCCGAGCAGAGCUGCCCGCAGCACCAGGAGCCCGCCGCGCCGGCCAUCCACGCACCCUGGUCCACCGCAGAGAAAGGUCCGCUCACGAUCUCUGCCCAGGAGAACGUGAAGGUCGUGUACUACCGGGCGCUGUAUCCCUUCGAGUCCAGGAGUCACGAUGAGAUCAGCAUCCAGCCGGGCGACAUCGUCAUGGUUAAAGGGGAAUGGGUGGACGAGAGCCAGACUGGAGAGCCGGGGUGGCUUGGAGGAGAGCUGAAAGGCAAGACGGGGUGGUUUCCUGCCAACUACGCCGAGAAGAUCCCAGAAAACGAGGUUCCUGCCCCCGUCAAACCAGUGACAGACCUGACCUCCACGCCCGCACCCAAGCUGGAGGUGCGGGAGACGCCGGCUCCCCCGGCGGUGACUGCGGCCGAGCCCUCCGCCACCCCCAACAACUGGGCGGACUUCAGCUCCACGUGGCCCAGCCCCGCCGAGAAGCCCGAAACGGAUAACUGGGACGCCUGGGCCGCCCAGCCCUCGCUCACCGUCCCCAGUGCCGGCCAGAUACGGCAGCGGUCGGCCUUCACUCCGGCCACGGCCACCGGCUCCUCUCCAUCCCCGGUUUUAGGCCAGGGUGAGAAGGUGGAGGGGCUGCAGGCGCAAGCCCUGUACCCCUGGAGAGCCAAGAAGGACAACCACCUGAACUUCAACAAAAACGACGUCAUCACGGUGCUGGAGCAGCAGGACAUGUGGUGGUUUGGAGAGGUGCAGGGCCAGAAGGGCUGGUUCCCCAAGUCCUACGUGAAGCUCAUUUCGGGGCCCACCAGGAAGGCGGCCAGCGCGGAUUCCGGCUCCUCAGACAGCCCUGCGCCUCUAAAGCGAGUGGCUUCCCCGGCGGCCAAGCCGGCCCUCUCGGGAGAAGAGUUUAUUGCCAUGUACACUUACGAGAGCGCUGAGCAAGGCGAUUUAACCUUCCAGCAAGGCGAUGUGAUUUUGGUUACCAAGAAAGAUGGUGACUGGUGGACAGGAACAGUGGGCGACAAGUCCGGAGUCUUCCCUUCUAACUAUGUGAGGCUUAAAGAUGCAGAGGGCGCUGGAACUGCUGGGAAAGCAGGGAGUUUAGGAAAAAAGCCUGAAAUAGCCCAGGUCAUUGCCUCCUACACGGCCACGGGUCCUGAGCAGCUCACCCUGGCCCCGGGCCAGCUGAUUCUGAUCCGAAAAAAGAACCCAGGUGGAUGGUGGGAAGGAGAGCUGCAGGCUCGUGGGAAAAAGCGCCAGAUAGGCUGGUUUCCUGCGAAUUAUGUAAAACUUUUAAGCCCUGGGACAAGCAAGGUCACGCCCACGGAGCCGCCCAAGCCCCCGGCACUCCAGGCAGUGUGCCAGGUGAUCGGGAUGUACGACUACACCGCGCAGAACGACGACGAGCUGGCCUUCAGCAAGGGCCAGAUCAUCAAUGUGCUCAGCAAGGAGGACCCCGACUGGUGGAAGGGCGAGGUCGGCGGGCACGUGGGGCUCUUCCCGUCCAACUACGUGAAGCUGACCACGGACACGGACCCGAGCCAGCAAUGGUGCUCCGACCUCCACCUCCUGGAUAUGCUGACCCCCACGGAGAGGAAGCGGCAGGGAUACAUCCACGAGCUCAUCGUCACGGAGGAGAAUUACGUGAACGACCUGCAGCUGGUCACCGAGAUCUUUCAGAAACCCCUGAUGGAGGCUGAGCUGCUCACAGAGAAAGAGGGCGCUAUGACUUUUGUUAACUGGAAGGAGCUGAUUAUGUGUAACAUCAAGCUGCUGAAAGCGCUGAGAGUUCGCAAGAAGAUGUCGGGGGAGAGGAUGCCGGUGAAGAUGAUCGGGGACAUCCUGACGGCCCAGCUGCCGCACAUGCAGCCCUACAUCCGCUUCUGCAGCUGCCAGCUCAACGGGGCGGCCCUCAUCCAGCAGAAGACGGACGAGGCCCCCGACUUCAAGGACUUCGUCAAGUGCAGGCUCGGUGCCGCUACCCCUCCCACCCCAAGUGUAAGUAAUGUGGCAGCCCCGUCCCCCGUCCCCCAAGGGGCCCUGCCAGCAGGGAGUGGCCGCACCCGCAUGCCCUCCCCCAUGGCGCCUCUGCCGUCCCUGCCCUCAGGACAGCGAACCUUGGGCGCCCGCCCCGGCCCCAACGCUGUGCUCCGGUCUCCCCUGCAGAUCCUGGAGAACACGCCCGAGAACCACCCCGACCACAGCCACCUGAGGCUCGCCCUGGAGAAGGCGGAGGAGCUGUGCUCCCAGGUGAACGAGGGGGUGCGGGAGAAGGAGAACUCCGACCGGCUGGAGUGGAUCCAAGCCCACGUGCAGUGCGAAGGCCUGUCCGAGCAACUUGUGUUCAACUCGGUGACCAACUGCUUGGGGCCACGCAAGUUCCUGCACAGCGGGAAGCUCUACAAGGCCAAGAGCAACAAGGAGCUGUACGGCUUCCUCUUCAACGACUUCCUGCUGCUCACGCAGAUCGUGAAGCCGCUGGGCUCCUCGGGCACCGACAAGGUCUUCAGCCCCAAGUCCAACCUGCAGUACAAGAUGUACAAAACCCCCAUUUUCCUAAAUGAGGUUCUAGUAAAAUUACCCACCGACCCGUCUGGGGAUGAGCCCAUCUUCCACAUCUCCCACAUCGACCGCGUCUACACCCUCCGAGCAGAGAGCAUCAACGAGAGGACGGCCUGGGUGCAGAAAAUCAAAGCGGCUUCCGAGCUCUACAUAGAGACGGAGAAGAAGAAGCGGGAGAAGGCGUACCUGGUCCGUUCGCAGAGGGCGACGGGGAUCGGGAGGCUGAUGGUGAACGUGGUGGAGGGCAUCGAGCUGAAGCCCUGCCGGUCCCACGGGAAGAGCAACCCGUACUGCGAGGUGACCAUGGGCUCCCAGUGCCACAUCACCAAGACCAUGCAGGACACCCUGAACCCCAAGUGGAACUCCACCUGCCAGUUCUUCAUCCGGGACCUGGAGCAGGAGGUGCUCUGCAUCACCGUGUUCGAGAGGGACCAGUUCUCCCCGGACGAUUUCCUGGGUCGGACGGAGAUCCGCGUGGCCGACAUCAAGAGGGACCAGGGUUCCAAGGGCCCGGUGACCAAGUGUCUCCUGCUGCACGAAGUGCCCACGGGGGAGAUUGUGGUCCGCCUGGACCUCCAGCUCUUCGACGAGCCCUAGGGAGCGGCCAGGCUGUGCCAGGGUCCAGCCGGCAGCCGAUGCCACCGGGACGGUGCUGCUCUCCUAAGACCAGCGUGCGGGGCAGCCACAGGCCAGGGGACCGCGAAGAAAGGCCCUUAGUGACGUAGGAGUAAUUCUCGACAAUCCUCUCUCCCAAACAACCCCCCAUUUUAUGGACCAAAACUCUGUUUCCCUCUGUCCUCACUGCAGGCCUCAGCGCGACGUGGAGGGGCCUGGGAACCCCGCUGCCCGCCGGCUGGGGGCGCCUGCGCCGGGAGUCACCGGCAGUGUCUGCAGUUUUGGGGAACUCACGUCCCCUCCUGUCUCUUCCCUCUGCCAGCCCGGGACCCUGGUUGUUUAGAAAAAGUUAUGAUGGCCCGGCCACUGUCUAGAACCUCAUUCCCCUCUGUGGUCCUGGCUCCGACCGGGGAGCCGGGGAGAAGGCCUCCUGCCAUCAUCCCAGCGGGCGGGUGGGGAGCCUCCUGGCCCCUCCAGGUCUUGUACGGAUCGUCGGCGAACAUGCUCCCUGGCUGCGCUCGGUGAUUCGGUUCUGACUCCCAGCAGACGUGGGAGAUGGGGGAGGAAGCCUGUUACCUACGGCUACGCCCUGGGAUGUGUGGCUGCAGCCGUGGAAAGGCUGCCUGACGCACCAUGGCGUCCUGGUCACUGGCCCAGGUGGCGGCUCUCGGCUGGGGGCCCGGAAUUCACUGGCAGUGUCUGCAGUUUUGGGGAACUCACGUCCCCGCCUGUCUCUUCCCUCUGCCAGCCCGGGACCCUGGUUGUUUAGAAAAAGUUAUGAUGGCCCGGCCACUGUCUAGAACCUCAUUCCCCUCUGUGGUCCUGGCUCCGACCGGGGAGCCGGGGAGAAGGCCUCCUGCCAUCAUCCCAGCGGGCGGGUGGGGAGCCUCCUGGCCCCUCCAGGUCUUGUA